UUCUUGAGAAGUAUAAGUGUUCAAUUCUUGAACAUUGUUGUUUCUUGCCUUUAAUUUAUCGUGGAAGGCAACUAGAACUCAAAAAUCUUCUUUUCAAGGCAUGGAAUGUACUGGUAAUUUUAACUACGAAGAUGACUUAUUCUUCGACCUUAAGCCGAAUCUUUCUCAAGAUAUAUAUUCAUCAACUCCAUCAGCUUACACCAAUAUUGAAGAGAAUGCCCAAAAAGCUCUAUCAUCUCCAUUAAUUUCCUCUAAUUCUUCCUCUUCUGCAUUUCUCAUUUCGUUUUCGUCAUCACCGAUUAAUCCUCAAGAAGAAGAAAAUAUUGUAAUGAUAAGCUCUCAUUUGGAAGAAAUUGCAUGUCAAAAAUCAUUAGGGGGAAAUAAUAAUAAUAAUAAUAUUAUGUACAAGAGGAGUUCUGUACAAGCUCAAGAUCAUGUUAUUGCGGAGAGGAAACGAAGAGAAAAAAUGGGCGAGCUUUUCAUAUCUUUGUCAAAGAUUGUUCCUGGUCUAAAGAAGUUGGACAAGUCUUCUAUCCUCGGAGAUACUAUAGAGUACAUGAAAGAACUUCAAGAACAGGUAAAACUACUUGAAAAGACAAAGAAAAACACCUGUGAAAAUAAUGAUUCCUCUACCUCCAAGGACCAAGUUGAAGGAUCAAAGAUUAAGGCAAGGAUUUUGGACAAAAGUGUGCUUAUUAACAUCCAUUGCAGUAAACAAGAUGGAAUGGUGGGAAGAGUGUUAUUCCAAAUGGAGCAAUUGCAACUUUCAGUCCAUGACAUUAGGAUCAUGCCUUUUGGUCGGACCAACCUUGAAAUAUCAAUUCUUGCUGAGAUGGGGAAUGGAUGUUGUAUAACUGUGGAGGAUAUUGUAAAGGACCUCCAAAUCAACCUUCUGGACCAAGUUUAGCAUGAAUGAUCUCCUCCUGAUCUUCUCUAGGUUACCUUUUCCCUUGUUGCCCCUAGACCUCGUAAAUAAUAAAAAGACACGUUUUUAAUUACCUAUAUAUAUAAUUAAUUGAGAGCUCUUUUCGAGAUUGUGUGAUACAUACCUCUACUAUAGUAUGCAUUUUUCUUUGUUGAAAUUAUAUAUACUAGAGGAAAAUUAAUAUUUUUCCUGAGUUUGGAAUUCCUUUAAUUUCUUUUUCUCCUUUGUUCCUUUUCUAUAUAUUCCCCAUUUGGUGUUAGAGCUUGAUUAAUCCGGAUUUGCGUUGGAAUGGAGAUAGGCUCUACAUUUACAGGAUUUGAACGUGACACCUCUAAUUAAUUUUGGAGCGGUACUAUUACUAUCACACCGCAACUUUUGGUAACAAGUAUCGUUUUCUUUUCUGUUCUCUUUGGGACUCUUUCUUCCCAUUAUAUUGGAACUUAAAUAACCUACAUAUAUAUUAAGAGUUUAAGUUAUAUAUAUUGUUAGUGUACAAAAAUAUUAUACUAUCAGGUCACUUUUACCUAUCAUAGUAGCCUAGUGGGUGAUCAAUAUAAUCUUAUUUUUAAGAUUACGAAUUUCACAUUUUUAAAAAAUUCCUGUAAAUUAAGGGUGUGGUAUAUAACUUAAACCCAAAUAUUAUUAACUCCUUCAAGAUUGAUGUAAUUUGCUAAAGGAAAUAUCUAUGGCUAAUUUUUCAUUUUAGGACUAUAGUGUGAGAACAUCAUUUAACCUGACAUAUUAAAAUAUUAAACAUGAAUGGAACCAAGUGCUUUAGUUGGUCAUGGUAAAAUUUCUUCUUUCUUCACCACCUUAAUUAAAGCGAGCACAGGAGAAACCUCGGCGAGUUGUGCUCCAUGGUCGAUGAAUUUGUUUUUUAAUUGUCAUUAGACAACAAAAUAGACCUGCUUUUAUAUAAUGGCAAUAUAAAAACGAACAAACAAAUUCCACGCCUUAGGAUUGGUGGAAACUUCUGUUAGUAGUUCUUGAAACGAUUACUAAUUAAAUAAUUAAACUUCCAUUAAUGUUAAUUUUUGUUUGUUUACAAUCUCCCAUGCUUCUGGGGUUCAUUUACAGCACGUGGGUGAAAACGUGGUCAAACAGUAGAAUUGUCAAAAAAUGGAAUAAAAAAGUUGACGCAGGAGAAUCUAUCAGAACAAAUUAAAUAAGAUACCAAUUACGUACAGAGACACAGAAUUAACUAUUCAUAUCCUUAGGUCAGACUUUCCGGCCACUUUGUUACGUUUGUGUAUUAAAAUUCACUAAUUUUUAGACGGAAGAAAAUGGAUAUGGGGAAUAUAAAAUACUAAAAGUUGGGUUUCUAUUAAUCUUUUAGUAGCCAUAUCUUUCAACUGCUACUAAAAGAGUUAUUAUUUCUUGCAAUUAAUUUAAUUUAAUGU